AAGCACCCUUUGCUUCUUUUUUUUCCUCCACUUCACUCCCCCCGGCAGAGUGAAAAUGGCGCAGCAAUUUGUGCAGACCAAAAUCAAAGGAGACAAAGUGGUGCUGUUCAUCAAGCCCACGUGCUCGUUUUGUAUCAUGGCCAAAGACGUUUUGUCCAAAUAUAAAUUCAAACCGGGACAUUUAGAGUGCAUUGACAUAAGCGGCCGCAGCGACAUGGGCAGCAUGCAGGACUACUUCCUGGAGCUGACCGGAGCCCGCACGGUCCCACGGGUGUUCAUUGGUGAGGAGUGCGUCGGAGGCGGCAGCGAUGUAGAGGCGCUGCAUAGGAGUGGUAAACUGGAGGGCAUGCUGCAGUCUAUUGGAGCCUUGCAGUGACCCUCUGAAGACCUGCAGGGUUUCGGCAUCCAGGUGGGGGUCACAUGACUAUGCAGCGGGACUUGCGUAGUUUGCGUCGCCGCUGCUGGUACUCGCUGAGCUCCUGCAGGUAGCCUCUGGACGGCCAGCGUAGCCUCUCCACCUGCUCACGCUCCUCCUCUAGAACACAUAAACACAAAGACAUAUCAUAAAAGUAAACUACCGCAAACACCGACUAUAGGAUGCUUUGCUGAUAAAACAGUUGCAUUAAGUAUUUACUAUACUUGGCACAUACUCACACAAACACAUACAGUAAUAACUCCUUGGACUGUUGCCAUGAACACGGCCAACAAGGCUGAAAUAUCUGAUAUGAUUUUGUUUACACCAACAAGCAACUGAAGACCAGUGGUGAUCAAUCAUGUGCUGUCUCUUUAUUUUGGCCUUUGACUUUCGCUUGUGCCCUUCAGUACCCGUCCAGUGAACUUUAAUGAGUUUUGUGUGUAUGACUAAUGAUGACAAUAAAAUGUGCUACUGCACCUUACAGGA